CCUAGAGUUUAUGUUGUCGUCGUCGACAGAUUGAGGGGAAUUUUUUCGCGAUCGGAACUGAAAAUGGUCAAAUUUAUCAAGCCGAACAAGGCGGUCGUUGUUCUACAAGGCCGAUUCGCCGGCCGGAAGGCUGUGAUAGUGCGCAACUUCGAUGAUGGAACCCGGGAUCGACCCUACGGCCAUUGUCUGGUGGCGGGGAUCAGCAAGUACCCGAGUAGGGUGAUUCGCAAAGAUUCGACCAAGAAGACGGCGAAGAAAUCGAGAGUGAAGGCCUUCAUCAAGCUUGUGAACUACCAGCACCUCAUGCCGACGAGGUACACACUCGACGUCGAUCUCAAGGAUGUGGUUAAUGUGGAUUGUUUGCAGUCGAAGGGCACGAAGGUUGCGGCGGCGAAGGAGAUCAAGAAGAGGAUGGAGGAGAGGUUUAAGACUGGGAAGAAUAGGUGGUUUUUUACCAAGCUUAGGUUCUGAGGAUAUCAUAAGUUUUUGAGGUUCUUUUUCUCGUUUAAAAUUUUGAGAAGUCAUUUUUGAAUUAUGAAUCCAUUGUCUAAUGGGCAUAUUACUAAAUUUUUGUUGAUCUUCUUCUUUUAGCCCUAAAUAGUUGGAAUGAGAUAAGGGUUUAAUUCAAUGAUCUGAGUCUUUCAAUCUCGUUCGAAUGUCUCAGAGUUUGAUACAUUAUUAGAUUCUCGAUAACAACAAUAAGAGUUUAAAUGAUCAAAUGGCAUUGCUGCUGGAUCACACAUACAACUGGGGAGAUUCUUCCCGUGAUUUAUGGGUUUGAUUCUUCGUCUCUGUGUGGAGUUUAUGCUUGAACAUUUAAUUCUUCUAUAUUAAUUACAAGUUCUUUAA